GCAAAUAUGAGCCUGCAAACACGGAAUGGUAUUGGAGCGAUUUUUGAGGUAGAGUGGGAAUACAGACAGUUCGCUAAUUGACCACUUGCGCAAUAGACUAAAUUUUGAUCUAGACAAAAAUUUCAUCACAGCUUGAAAGAGCAUCACAAAAUUAGUAAUAUUCCAAAGUUUCAUUGCGAAAUAUUGUAAAAUGCGGAUAAUAUAGCCUUGCGAAGUUUGCCGUUUUUCAGUCAUUUUAGAUUACAAACAGGAAAUUGACAGCGCAAUACCCUUUGGGGCUUUGUAAUCUAAAAUGACUGAAAAUUGCAAACUUCGCAAGGCUAUAUUAUCCGCAUUUUACAACAUUUCGCAACGAAACUUUGGAAUAUUACUAAUUUUGUGAUGCUCUUUCAAGCUGUGAAAUUUGUGUCUAGACUUGUUUAGAUCAAAAUUUAGUCUAUUACGCAAAUGGUCAAUUAUCAAUGCAAGAUUUUGGGUUUACUCAUUUAUUAAAUCUAAUCAGGAACAGUUGCGAAAAAUGCAACUAUAGCCCAGGUAGGAAUCGAAACUGCGGCCCUGUGAUUCCGGUGCAGUGCUCCAACCAACUGAGCUACAGAGGCCAGUUGUCGAGCUCUAACCACAAGUUCAUGUAUAUAACUAAGGUGCCUAAGGUGGUAUAUCACUAUCGUAAUAAUUAAUACGUUAGAGAUAUUCUUUCCUAGAUUAAACAUUCUAACAUAAUGUGUCUUUCAUUAAUGUCUUUCUUCUGUUUUCAUUCCUUUUCAGAUCUAUUACUUCAUUCAGCCUAAAACAACUGGAAUGAGAAUCAUCAAUGAUACUCUAGAACAAGUUCGUGAUUUCCAGCGUGAUGACCUCAACACAGUCCGUAUGGAAAGCGACUCAUCAAAACUGACAAAAAACUUGGAUGACCAAAACUUGGAUGAUCGUGUUAAGGUGGUUCCACUGUAUGUUCCUGAUGAUGCCUUGGUUAAGGUAUUCAUGAUGCACAGUAGUCAUAAAUCUGCGUUGGCAAAUGCUCCUUUUGCUGCUGGCUUUCGACGUCAGGUAGUGAAACCUCCACCUAGCUUACAUAAAACCUAGCUUACAUAAAACCUAGCUUACUUAAAACGACCGACUAUAGUUUACACUAUCAAAGUUUCUGUGAUCACAGUAGGAAUUUUGCAUAGGUAAAUUGAAGAAUUUGUAAGAAAUGUUUGAAGGAACUGAUUCGGUGUUAAACACUUAUUUACCAAAACAAAAUUCCUACUGUGAUUCAUGCAUAUAUAAUAUGAUAGCGUAAGCCAGUCUUUGGAAAUGGAAUUUGAAGUGGAGUUCAAAAAAGUUCAAGGCGUUGGUGGAUCGGAAUCAGAAUCAGAAUCAAUUUAUUUGCACUUAUUUCUAGCUUACAAAGAUAUUCAUUAUUAAUAUACCAUAUACAUAUAUUUACAUUAAAUUAUAAAACAAAAUAUUUAUGUCACAAGCGAAGAGUGCGUAUUGGCCAAAGGAGCAAACGCUUCGAGUUGGCCACUACCAUUAUGAAGUUAAUAGGAAAAGUGAACGGCACAACUGAUGUAGAAAUAAGUUAUAUUAAAGUGCCUAUGCGACAAUUUUUUUUAUGAUUGAAUAGCAAAGUUCAUUUAAAAUCAUAAUAUAACUUGUUUUCUAAAACUUUGUAUUCUUUCCUGUAUGUCAAGAUUUUCCACUUUGUUUGAUAUACAAAUGUGACUUAAAUGACGUCACACUUCAUAAUGAGUUUUUAGAAAGAAAACCUUUCCUUGCCAAACAUGUGAUAAUUCCAUUGACAUUGAAAGUGAUAUUCUUUAAGAGCUAUCAAAGCGAUCAUUUCGUCUGUAAAAUUGAGAUAAUGAGAAUUUUAACAAGCUACAACACAGUCUUUUGUAAAACGCAUUAUGCAGUGUGACGUCAUUUAAGUCACAUUUGUAUAUCAAACAAAGUCGAAAACCUUGACAUACAGGAAAGAUUAAAAAGUUUUAGAAAACAAGUUAUACUAUGAUUUUAAAUGAACUUUGCAAUUCAAUCAUAAACAAAAUUGUCGCAUAGGCACUUUAAGGAAUUUCUAACUGUAUUUUAUAAAAUGUAUAGUAGUUUAAUUGUAUGUUAAUAUACAAAUGAUUAUUAUACGUUCUUGUGUUUCUUUGUUACCGCAAAUUCAACAGUUUCUUUCAGUUUCUCAAUAUGUACGUUUUUCCUAUCCAGGAAACGGUCGCUCUGUUCAGCAUUGGAAGCGAAGAUCUGAUGAUUGAGAAUGAUAAUUAUGCCUCAGUAAGAACUCUGGCUAAGCAGUAUAUCAAGUUAAUAAAAUCCGCACAGCGAACCGGACCGUAUUAUUUGGGUAUGUUUAAAGUCGUUUUGAGCAUUAAUUAGUUAAUCUCAUUGGAACUUUUGGAAUAUUUUUACCAUUUUGCUGAUGAAUUUUUCUGAUGAACUGUGUAGUCAUAUUUCGUAAGCUUUGCUGCUAAUUCAGAUUGGUAUUUUGCUAUUUAUUCUAAAUUCUGUCUUCUUCAUUUCAGCUGGAUUUUCAUUCGGGGGUAUAUUGAGCUACGAAGUCGCUUGUCAGUUGAGACAAGAUGGCGAAGACAUUGCCAUGGUAACAAUGUUAGACACUAUGUCUUGGUUACCGAAGUCAUUUCAAGAGAAUGAAGCGCAGUUUGAGAAAUUUCAACAUUUUCUUCUUGCUGAUUUAAAAGAAAAAAUGGUAGGUGGCAGAAACAGAGAAGAAGAGCCGAUCAUUAAAAUUCGCCCAUAUUAUAGACGCAGAUUCGAUUAAUCAGUGACUGAGUGAGGAUAUGUGGAGGGGGGUGAAUAGGGGUAUACAAAUCCGCCGAUCCGCCCAAAUUUGAAGCAAAAUCCGCCGUGCGACAAUGGUCUUGUCUAAAUUUGGAUCCGCUAAAAGCUCUACUAUGAAGUCACAAUCCAGGAUCCGAACUAAAUUGCAAGCAAAAUCCACAAUCGGAGCCAAAAUAUUAGAUAAUCCGCUGUAUUAAUAAGAUCCGCAAAUCCCCCCUCCCAACCCCCCCCCCCCAUAUAUAAUUAGCGAAUUAAUCAAAUCAGGUUGAAGAAUUUCGCUCAUAAUCAUUUAGAUCCCUGUUUGUAUAAAGGCAACUUUUCAGAGAAAAACAACUCAGACUACUCAGUUUAGUUCUCUAACCGCUUAAAUAUGCGGAUUAUGCGCACCGACAAUCUCACGAAGUCGCUACUCGGGGUUUGAAAUCUAAGCCUCUAUUUUGCAAUUAUCAUUAUUGCUGUUCUAAACUUUAUCGUUCUCCCUAGAGAUCCAUUGGGCUACGAUUACACUGCACCGAAUAGCUUUCCGUAGCGACGCGAUAAAGCACCUAUCCUUCAGAAGCUGAGCGAAACAAAAUCUCUCCUUUGUAAUAAUUCCUCUGAAAAUAGCGUUCCUAAAAGGUACAUGUAGGUGUUUUUAAGUUCACGUCGUUACGGAAAGCUAUCUGGUCGCGUAAAGACCUACCUAAAAUGAUCAUGUUUUGUGAUUGGCUUUCGGAAACAAACAUGAUCAUUGUUCGUGACUCGUUCUUUAGAAAGACGAUUUCUAUAGUUUUAUUGUCUUUCAUUGUCGUAGUCAACCAACCACGAGCCUGGAUAGUAUAGGUAGAUGAUGACCCGUCCCGUACAGUGUAAAUGUAUUCUCAGGUGAAAUUACAAACAGACAACAGCAUGAUGCUUGUGAUGUUACUCUGAGUGUAUAUCCACACCGGGCAAGCUUGAAAAAUAUGCCUGGCCACGGUGGGAAUCGAACCUACGACCUUUGGAAUACUAGCCCAAUGCUCUGCCAACUGAGCUAUGCGGUCAGGUCAGACAACAGUAUAUUGCAGGAAUGGAACUCCGGUCGGAGAUAAAAGGCACAUAGACACACACAUUAACUUCUAUGUCACCAUACAAGUGUUUAAAUCUAAAACUCCUUAAUUCUUCUUUUGCAAAGGUGGCACGUUUUCUACGGUCGACAGCUCUUGGUCGCCUCGGUUUCACUCUGGUGGAAUUUGAGCGCCUGAUGAAUGACUUGGGAUCUGGGGAGAGGUUGUGUACGGCCUUGGAAGAAAGAGCCAAGACGAUGAACGUCAGUUUGGGUGACGUCAGAGGUCACGUGACAUCUCUUAAAGAUCAGUCAGAAAGAGCAUGUCAUGCGCACUUGGAGUGGCAGCCUCCUGAGGUAUACACACGCGCUAAAACGUCUCACAACUCGUAGCUUGUCAGCAAGAUAUGGACAAGGCUAUUAUAAGCCAAUUCAUAGUCAGGCUCGUGCAAUUUUAAUAAGUCUGAAAAACUCACUCGUACAUGUUUUUUUUCCAAAUUGCAUUCCAGACAACUCGAGACCAAACAAUUUGCACAUUUUGAAAUGUAAUCUAAAACUCCACACUAAACUUUUUUUCCAGGUCAAAUAUGAGCAAACCAUCUCAUAUAUCCGAUGUCAAAAUGUUGACCAGACCAAACAAUCUUUUGUCUCCUGGGAUCUAGUGGAAUUAUGGGAAUCAUUAACAAACAACAUUGACGUCAUCACUCUUCCAAGCAGCCAUUUCGAGCUGUUGGAUCAACCUUAUGCUGAAAUUUGCGGGCUCGUAAUCAUGACGACCGCUGUCAUGAAACACCGGAAUCUCACGGAAUGGCAGCCUAGUCCAAGAUCCAAUCAAGAGGAGCGACUCAUUAAUUUUCUCAAGAGCGCGGUAGAAGUUUUAAUUUCCUAUGAUGAUGGUACGAUUAACAUAACUUUACAAUACAAUACAAUACAAUACAAUACAAUACAAUACAAUACAGUACAGCACAGCACAGCACAGCACAGCACAGCACAGCACAGCACAGCACAGCACAGCACAGCACAGCACAGCACAGCACAGCACAGCACAGCACAGCACAGCACAGCACAGCACAGCACAGCACAGCACAGUACAGUACAGUACAAUACAAUACAAUACAAUACAAAACUCAUGCUGAAAGGAUAUAUAUAUAUAAAAAUUGUUGUACCUCUGCCUGAGGGCCUAACGUUGCAUUUUUCUCAGCUGUUUCUGGUUAGAUUGAAACUGUAUAAAAUGCCAUCUGCAAAAAUCCUAUCUAUAUCUAUAUGUCGAAAACCGUGAUAUUUACCAAAGUUUGCCUACUAAAACAAACAGUCUACUAAGGAGACUUUUUCAUUUCCGACGCGCUGAAACCCUUCUUGAUUAUUUUGCAGAUUUUUUUAACGCAAAAUUGUGGUUAAGCGAGGAAGAAAAGCAAUUUUCUAUGGAACAUGAGAACGAAAAGCAACACAAGAAAAUUGAAAUUCAAUUAAAUGGUAAGAUUUUCGGCUGUCGUCUUACAGUUGUGCCCGCCAUGUUUCAACUCCUUAUCGAACCAAACGUUUUUGCAUUUACUUUAGAUAUUCGCAACAUUAUACCAGGAAAAUACGCCAUGUUUCAUUCCAAAACCGAGAUGAAACAGCUGGAUCAAAAUCUAAUCAUUUCGCUGAUGAUCCAUUGUAACCAGAAGCUUCACAUUAUUUGCCAGGACGAGCGACAACGAGACUAUAUCAUGGAUGCAUUUGAAGUUUUAUUUGGGAUCCCUCUUAUAAGAUUUCAUUAUUAAUGAUUAUUAAGAAUAUGAUUAUUGUCUUAAAUAUUGAUUAGCAAGAUAUCUUAAAUAAUAAAGUAUAUUUUUUAUGCAAUCUGCCAUCUGGAAGAAAACUUUAUAUAAACAAAACUUGAC